UUACGUGAUGAUCAGAGGGUAUACGUGAGGUGCUACUCGAACACGACCAGCUACAUCGCUGCGACUGAAGCGUUACAUCUAGCUGGAAGUUCAGAAGAAAGAGAAGCAGAAGAUUCAGCCCGUCUUCGUUAACAUUGCCUUUAUUCGACGAUUUAGUAAAUACUAAAUUAUCAACAAUGAAGUUGCUGUGGGCUGUCAGUGCCCUGCUUUUGAGCUGUUUGCGAGCCAAUGCGUCCACAGACCCAAACAUCAUUACUUAUCCUGAAGAAGUCAGCAACCAGACCUCAGCAGUCCUUAGCUGCAACUUGACAGAGCCCAGCUUUCACAUCAAGGGCUCCCACUGGACGCACAAUGGCAAAAUCAUUGAAGGGUCCAAGUCCGAUGUUGCCACUCCAUACAUAGUCCACCGUUUGGACAGAAUCACCUACACUUCUAGUGGAAAGUAUGAAUGUGUGUUCCUGACCGAUCCAGAGGUGAAGAAGACAAUUGAAGUCAAAACACUUCCCCAUGUUGUUGCCUACAAGCACUCUGAGCAUGGCAACGAGAAGGACAAAGGCGUGCUGGUGUGUUUGAGCAGUGGCUACCCAUUGCCUACUGACUGGACCUGGUUCAAAGAUGGCGGCCAAACCCCUAUCAUCAACGGCACUACCGACAAAUAUGAGAUAAAGAGCACCCCUAACAAGACCACUCUGGUCAUUGAGAACCUGAGCAUCGAAGAAGACAUCGGCGACUACGUCUGCUCUGGAACCAAUGAACUCGGCACAACCAGUGACCGGAUCCACCUGCGUGUCCGCAGUCGCUUGGCUGCCCUCUGGCCCUUCCUUGGCAUCGUGGCCGAGGUCAUCAUCCUGGUGACCAUCAUCUUCAUCUAUGAGAAGAGGAGAAAGCCCGAUGAGAUCACCGACGAUGACGACUCAGGAGCUGCUCCUCUGAAGACCAAUUCUAAUGCAAAUCACAAAGACAAGAAUGUGAGGCAAAGGAAUUCUAAUUAGAAGCUGAAUGAGAUGGACAUCCAGAUGGCAGUCCAGGAUUCAGCCGUUGCACAUUAUACUGCGCACCCUGCAAUUUUAAGUUACUUUUUGUGCUUGGGUGAUAAAUGUUUUAAGAAACUGAAUGAUUUCCUCCUAUUUUUUUUUUUUUUUCUAUAUGCUUCUCCACAUUGUGCAGCCGCAGAACAUAGUGUGAAGUAAUUUUCUGCUCGAGGCCACAGGGCAAAUAUUGCAUGCAUUUAAUAGCAAAGUGUGUGUGUUCAAUGUAAAAUCAUUAGACAGUUCAUGUGAGGAAUGGCACGUUUGUGGUUGUUUUUUCUUUUCAUGCUGAUGCUUCCUGAUACACUGACCACACAGUUGUCUUUGCUUUUAUAUUCUCCGAUCUGGGAUGGUGACUUGUAAAAACGGCACAAGUUCUGUUCAGAGCAUCUGAAACCUUUUUUGAUCCUGACGCUAAGAGAAUGGCUUUAGUAUGAAACCACUGGAGUGAGUUUGACCUGUCCCCACACCACCGCCAUCCUCUCAUAGCAGAGUUUUAUACUUACAAGCACCACUACUACACUUUUGUGUGCAAAUGUGACACUUUAAAAUUUAAAUUUGUCUUUUUUUCUUUCUUUUUUUUUUAAUCAAGCUUUUAUUUCCUUUUUUGCGGUUCACAUAUUUUAAACCGAGGUUUUAGUUAACCAAUGUUUUUGUUGCCAAUGUCACAUCCAGAGUAAAAAAUAUAUUGUAAAGGACCAAGUGCAUGAAAUCUUCUGUUGAUUGCGACUUCAACACCACGUACUGCGGUUUUUAAUUUGGUACAGGUGAUGAACCGUUUUUAAUAAGAUGUUUUUCUUUCUCACUUAUUGUGAUCUGAAAGAUUUGUGUGCAAUUGUUGGACCGUCGUCUCUGUUCCCGUCACUGUGUAGAUAUUCAGAAGCCAUAUGUUCCAUUUAACCUGAUUAGUGUUGUGAUUCGAUGUUAACCGUUUCAGUUACGCAGAUAAAGACUUAGCCAGAGUUGUGUAAAUUGUUGUACCAUCCAAGUACAUGGAACGCCACCAGUUUUCCAACUUUCACAAACUGAAUAAAGGUAUUUGAUUUUA